GAACGACGUCCAAGAGAUAGGAGAAGAGGUAGGAAAUGUGGCAGAGGCCAUAAAGGAGAAAGACAGAGAGGAACUCGGCCCCGGCUGGGCUUUGAGGGAGGGCAGACUCCCUUUUACAUCCGAAUCCCAAAGUAUGGAUUCAAUGAAGGACAUAGUUUUAGACAUCAGUAUCAGCCUUUGAGUCUCAGGAGACUGCAAUAUCUCAUUGAUUUAGGGCGAGUUGAUCCAACACAACCUAUUGACUUAACUCAGCUUGUCAAUGGAAGAGGUGUGACCAUCCAACCACAUAAAAGGGAUUAUGGGGUCCAGCUGGUUGAAGAGGGUGCUGAUACUUUUCAAGCAAAAGUGAAUAUUGAGGUGCAGUUGGCUUCAGAAUUAGCCAUUGCUGCGAUUGAAAGAAAUGGUGGUGUUGUUACUACAGCCUUCUAUGACCCAAGAAGUCUGGAAAUCCUGUGCAAGCCUGUUCCUUUCUUUCUUCGGGGACAGCCCAUUCCAAAGCGAAUGCUCCCACCUGAAGCACUGGUGCCCUAUUACACAGAUGCAAAAAACCGGGGGUACCUGGCUGACCCUGCCAAGUUUCCCCAAGCAAGACUUGAACUCGCCAUGAAGUAUGGCUACGUUCUUCCCGAUAUCACAAAAGAUGAACUUUUCAGAAUGCUCAGCGCUCGGAAGGAUCCAAGGCAGAUUUUCUUUGGUCUUGCUCCUGGUUGGGUGGUGAAUAUGGCAGAUAAGAAAAUUCUAAAGCCUACAGAUGAGAAUCUCCUCAAGUAUUACAGCUCCUAAACUCUCUUCCAGUAAAGCAAUCAGGUUGAGAGCCACUAAGGCUGAAUCAACGAGGCUUCUUGAGGGUCUCAAGUCCUCAGGUUGAUCCCCCACAUCAUUGUGGUCACAUCUGAAGUGAAAUCCCAGGCAUCGGAACUGAACCUUUCUGGUGUACACCUUAAAAAGUCAAAUGGUGAUGGUCUUUAAGAAGGUGAUUUUUUAAAAAAUUACUUAAAAGCACCUUCCCCCAUUUUUGUUUUUUGUUUGUUUGUUUUGAGGCAGGGUUUUUUUGUGUAGCCUUGGCUGUUCUGGAACUCACUCUGUAAACCAGGCUGACCUUGAACUCACAGAGAUCCCCCUGCCUCUGCCUCCCGAGUGCUGGGAACUAAAGGCAUGCACCACCACUGCCUGGCUGAAACAUUUUUUACUGUCCGUCUUUUCAUGGUCUUUCUUUCCCUUUUUGUCAGAGUGAAGGGCAAGAGUAGAGGAUUGAUUAGUGGGCCUGGGAGCGGGAGCUAAGGAGCUGUGGCUUCUUUUACUCAGUAUCCCCAGGGAAGCUCUGCUACCCACUGUUAGGAUAGUGAGUCCCUGCUGGGAUUGGGAUGCUCAGAAUGACGGACAGCUGCUGAGUAUUCUUAAAGGAGCAUAUCAGCAGUGGAGCUAGAGAAAGGAAGAUCAUGAAUUAAUUUUCCCAGCAUUCGUAAGUAUAGAUAAUGGUCAAGCCAUUAGCAUUUCUCUUAAAGAAAGCGUUCCAAUUGAUAAAAAUUUGUCUCAUACUUCAAGACAUUUCAGUUUAAGAAAACGUAUUCAAUGGUUACAUAAGCUAUAUAAACAAAUGGAAAUUAGGGUUUGUAUUUUGCUCUAGGUGGUGGUUUUGAGGCUGGCCUUGAGUCCUGAGCUCUAGCUUUCCUGGCAGGUGGGACUGCUGUGUCCAGCUUAAAUUCAGUUACUGUAAAAGAUUCAGAAAUUAACGAGCUUUUCAAAGAGAAAGUGUCCACAUCUUGCAAAGGCUUAAUUUACUUGAAGUGGUUAUAGUUUUUGGUUGUAUGAAGCAUGGUCACGUGCAUCCCAUACUGUCCUUGAAUUCCUGAUCCUUCCCAUGUGUUGAGAUUACAGGCAUGAGCCUCCAUGCCUGGCUGAACAAUUAAACAUUGAUCUUGAAUAAUUCAUAAUAAUUCUCCCACUGUUAAAAUGAUUCCUAGCUGGUUAUCUUAAAAUAAAACCCCCAGACUCAUAAAUCA